CUCUAGGCGAAAAGAUUUUCGCUCGUGUAUAGACAUGCUCUCCACAAAAAAAAAAAAAUCAAUAGGAUGUGACCAACCAUUGCCCCAAAAUCAACACAAAGGGAACCAGAAAUGCUCCAAAAUCAACAGGAAGUGACCUCAUUUCAUUCAAAACGGACCCCAAGUACGCUUCUUUAGCUGCGACGGAGGUGCCACAAUGGACAUUAUCACCAAAAAUGAUUUUGGUAUCUAUCAAACCAUAGCAGUACAAACAAAUGGCACCAUUUCGGGUCCAUUUUGCAUUAAAUGCGUGACGUCAUCGCUCCAAAUUCAUCUCUCGGCACCACAAACAAAUAUAAAUUUGCAUCUGAUGGAGGGCCAGCUUCACGGAUGUGCAACAAGUGACUCUGAUAUCAAGAAAUGCCCCAAAAAUAACAGCAAGCCACCUGAUGAGACCUGAAAAUCAAGAGUUCAUGGACCAGCAAAGCAAAACACCCUCAGAAAUGUAUUUUCUAGUAAAAAAAAGAUGUGAAUUUGCUUCACCCCCUCCCUCGCCUUUAUUUUCUCGUUUUGGAUGUUUGAAAGAUCAGAAUGCAGUCUCGUCCAGUGGUGCUAAAUGUUGUUUACGAGCAGAGACGCCACAAAACACUUUUCCGAUGGGAUCAAAUCAACCCACGCGACACUUGUUUGUCGGUGAAAUAAACUGUGUGGAAAGUGAUUACGGGUCGGCGUCAGACAUGGGAACGUCCGGGUCUAACUCCUCCUCGCGAUCUUCUUUCGGUUUGUCCUUCUUCUGCUCUUCUGCAUCCUUACUUGAGAUCUUCCUCAGUUUAAUGUUAGGAAGUUUCUUCAGAUCCCCCGUCCACUCCCUGCGGAGGGUGAAGAAACAUUGCUCAAAAGUUGACCUACGAGGCUUCCCUCAAGUAAGUGUCCCACCUGAACGUUUUGAGAUGUUUGGCAUCGACCAAGUCCGGGAUCUCUGCGAGGACGAGAUGCACAUUUCCGUCAACAUCGACGACGAUAAACACGCGUACGGACGAGUCGUGCGAGGCGCGGACCGAGACCGACGCCGCGGUACAGCGCCCGCUCGCGCUCCACCGUCCGCUCGAUGACGUCCUCCCUGGCGCCGUGCGGACGCCCCCGACGUCCCUUGAUGCCGUUCUUCAGCUCGAUCUGCUCCAGCUCGCCGUCGAAACGUCGGAGGUACCUAAAAGCAUGCGCGAUAAAGUCACGGACGAGCGUCCGAUCCGUUGUCCGUUUUUUCCGGUCUCUAACGUUAAAGGAGCUCUCGCUGUCAUUCUAGAUCGCAAAAAGUCAACCGUAGGAUAAAGAAGCGGAAAAUUUCUGGGUGUAGUCCUAAUUGCGACAAAGUUGAUAGUUAUGACGUGCCAUGAAAACCCCCAACAGGGGAAACCUCCGGAAGAACUAAGUGGAUAUUAAAAAGGUAGCUGGAAACAUUGAACUCAGAUUGGGCGCCAGCAGAGGGAGCCCGAGUAAAACCGCCGAUUUAGUUACGAUGAAAUUCAAAUGGAGUGAGGUUGCAAGCCUACCUUUCAAUGAUGUCGCAGGCAUCUUUUUUGCUAUACGCCGUCUUUUCAGGAUCCAACUGACUCUGAAACCAUAGCAACUUCUCACCUGUGAAUGUCAAGUGUACAUGAAAUCAACCCGCGGGCCUCGUAGAUGAAAAGAAGUCGGAAAAAGAUGCUUACCAAUAUUGUUCAGACGUGCGGCUUUGCCAACUUUCUGUCUGUAGAAACAAAAUAAGCAACCUUGGAGUUUUUACGUGACAAAACACGCUAGAACGACAGUCAUCAUCACGAUACAAGUUUUAGUCAUAUUUGAGUGAUCACCGUUCUUUUUUCUGGAGUCGUAUUUCCUCCCGGGCCAUGUAGGCUGCUUUCCGACUGUACGGAUGCACAGCCUUGUCCGGGGCUUUCGCCUUUUUCUGCGUCUUCGGCUGAAAAGACGUACAUUUUGAUGAACUCGGGACGGUCUCCCACGCGUAAAAUAUCUGCUACGUCAAAGGAAAAAAAACAAAACUUUCUUGGUUCAUGUCGGCUUUUACCAUUUUCGCUGCUGGUGAAACUCGUGGCGAGUUUGUUGACACCUGGACCGGAAACGGAAGCGACAAAGAUUUGCCGUUUCGGGGAAAAAAGACCGGAGGGAAAACAAAUAGCUCAUGGAUUUGUUCCACAUUUCCCCCCUUAAAACGAUAUUUUAAAAGUACUGCAUCUUAUGAAACGGGUGUUUGACUCGUCUUUUAACGAUAAAUCUUAAAAAAAAAAAAAAAAAAAAAAAAAUUCCUCCUUAACGCAUAGAUGUCAUUAAAAAAAGGCUAGAUUUUUUGUUUGUGCUUCGAGCCAAGGGACGAGCGUCGUCAUGGGUCGGCCAUUUUGAGUCGGAGCCAUUCGAUAAAUAUGGCUUAUGGGGCCUGUACUUUGAAAGCCGUAAAUUGCAAUUUUUUGGGGGGGGUCAACUUUAGAGAUGCAGUAAGUGAACUGCACACUUGAGAAUUGUUCCACUUUUAAAAACAUCUAGCUUUAUAUAUAUAUAUAUAUGAUAUGUACAAACCAAUGUAGGCUAACUCUUUCAGGGACAGAGGUCACCAAAGUUGACCUUUAAGUCUUGAGUGGAGAAAGACUAAAAAUGUUCCUUUUUAUACAGUAUUGAACUUAUUGCAUGUAAUUGAUGGCGAAGCACGUCCAGUCACUUUAAAUUGGGAAGAACGGCCGCGAAUGCUGACACUUGAGUGCCGUCCAAUCCAUUUUGACAUUCAUUCAGUCAUUCGCCCCUUCCAGUGGAAAAGGAUCGGAGUGCCCUGUAAGGGUUAAAAAAAAAUCUUAAUUUGUUUGUGAAAGGGUUCAUAAUAUUAUUUUUGAAUUCCCAAAAUAUAAGAUACGAAGUAAGGGGCCACAAUUGUCCCCGGGGCUUUAAAUUUGAGACCCCUAACCUCUUUUCAUUGGCUCAUGGGGCAGGUUGAAUUUUGCCCUACGAAUCCUGCCCGGCGACAGGUCCCGGAAUGGGCGAUUUCAGCCUAAAAAUCAAAGGGCAGAUAACGGAAACAACUUCCCGCCAGUUUCUACCUGCCCGUCACAGGAAUGCGAGCAGGCGUCGACAAGCGAGAAGAAACAGGAGUUGCGUCACACCCGAGUGACCGGUCCCGGUGGGUGUGUCGUCUCACUCACUUCUGCUGCUUCUUCUCUGUCAUCUUCCUUUCUCGCUCUCUCCCUCCCCGACGUCUACGUGAGUCAGAGCGUCAGGAAAUUGCCAUGCUGUGACCCCAAAACAAGACGAUGGCAACAUGUCCGCCCCGAGGCCUUCUUUUAGCAGCAUGAGAGGGCGCGCCCCGUUGUUUUUCCUCCUGUUGUGGCUCCUCGCAAGCACUUGGAUCGGGACAGCGCGGAGCCAAUAUGACGAGCCGGAGAGCGAAGAAGCGGGAGAGGAGACAGAAGACCAAGAUGGCGCGGCGUCUACUUUAUCCCCUUCGGACAGCGUGACAUCAGAAGCCUCACCCACCUGGGAGGGAGGGGCCAAUUCAGCAGAAGAUAAAGCGGAAGAUCUCGGCUCGGGAGUGGACAACGCAGAAGGCAGCACGGACGAGCCCGAACCGGCGGACUCCACGUCGACCCCGAUGAACGAAGAAUGCCCGAGCGUCACUCUCAUCUUGGUCCCGGUGGCCGUGGCGGUCUUCGUCAUCGUCGUCGUCACGUUCGCCCUCUUCCUCAGGCGCAGGUUCAAAAUGGAGGCCGCCGUCGCAGAAGCCAGAAAAGACGAUCUGUAUCUGGACGGCUCCGGCGCAGAACAAGUGCCAAUGCCCAUGUUUGAAGAAGACGUUCCUUCCGUGUUGGAGCUGGAAAUGGAAGAAUUGGACCAGUGGAUGAUGAAAGACUCCACCACGGCAACGUAGCGCAGUAGCACCUUCCAAAAAGGUGGCUUUCCAUACUCGGAAUGAGUCGACUGAAAUGUGUACAUAUACAAAUUAAAAAGAAGCCACGACUAUUUGAAAAGUUGCUUGU